AUGGAUCAAGAUGAGAUACGACGUCUUGUGGACAAACUGAAGUUGGAGGAGGAGGCGGACGCGAGUAUUGUGAAUCUAUCACAAACUUUGUCAGAAAAUUUACGGCAAAAUACGAAGCUUUGUUUGGUGGGGAAGGUGUUCGCGGGGCAUCAGAUUAGUCGGGAGUUAAUUGCGAAUCAUUUACCAAACAUUCUCCAAGCGAAACAACGUGUGGAUAUUGAGAUAGUGGGGGCGAAUAUCUUUGUUGCUUUAUUUGCUUCUGUGUUGGACAAGAAGCAUGCGUUACUUGGAGGACCAUGGCAUCUAUUUCAGGAUUUAUUGUUGUUCAAGGAGUUGGAGGGUUUUCAGAACCCGGCAGAUGUCCGUUUUGAUGAGUUUACGGGAUGGGUGCAAUGUCAUAAUUUGCCUAUAGCGUGUAUGCAUCCGGAUGUGGUCCGUCGGAUAGGUGAACAGAUUGGGUUUGUUGAAGAGAUCGAUAUGGGAGUAGGGGGCUUGUGCAUGGGACGGUUUGCACGGGUACGUGUGCGAUGGCAGCUGGAGAACCCUCUUAAAAGGUGCGUUCGCAUAGUGCCAGAUGGAGAGAUGGAGGGGGCUAUUGUGUUACUCCUUUAUGAUAAGCUUCCCAAUUUUUGUUUUGCGUGUGGGAAGAUUGGACAUCUUGUUCGUUUUUGCGAGGAUACAAAGGUGGAUAAGGGUGGGGAUCUUAAGUUUGGAACUUGGCUUAUGGCCGCUAAACCUCAGGAGACACGGAGGAAAUUGGCUAUGGGGAAUUUACCACGUAAGGACGGCAUCAAUAAAUCUCACUCUACGAAUGAUACUUGUGGACCUACUGAGCGUCGGGUCACAAAACCGACGGUUAGCGUUAACUCGAGGCCUAUUGAUGAGCCUCGACGGGUGGAGGGGAGGGGGGGAAAGGAGACUGUACAGGAGGAUUCCUCUAGCGUUAGACAGGGGUUGGGGGCUGAGGGAGCAAGAGUGCAGGAUAAGGAGAAAGAGAAUAGUGAUGUUUCUACGGGUGUUUGUGGCAAGAAGAUGCAUAAGGUGGGGGCAGGAGGUGAUAAGGGUAAAGAGGGAGGGAGGAGUUCUGAAGGGAAGGUAGGGGGUGGAAGAGGAGAGCUAGAGGGGGCAAUGAGGUGUUUGGAGGGCAGGGAGGGAGUGGGAGGGGCGGACGAGGGGGUGAGAGACAGUUCAGUCGGGAGGGUUUUCAAGGGGUGGGGGAUGGUGAGGGUGAAGAAGUGGAUGUUAACCAGAGGGUGUUGGAGUCUCUGGGAAGGAAACGUAAAGGGGGCCCGAGUGAUGGCGCAGAGCUUGGGAUCCCGGCAAAGAAACUUAAUCGCGCAGUGGAUAUUACUGAGAAUAUGUUGGCAAUAA